AUGGCUGACAGGAAGAGAAUUCCACUUCUAGGCCUUCUCAGGAGGGCAAUUCAGAAGGUAAGGUUCUUGCUGUCUUUUGAUGCCACCAGAUGGAUGGCCUCCUCCCUCAAGAGAUCGCCGCUGGUGUCUCGCCGGCUGAGCUUCACCGCCCGACCGAGCCUGCUCGACUGCACCGACGAUGACGGCUACGAGGCCGGGUCGUCGUCGUCGAGGACGCUCUCGAGGACGGUGAGCUUGUCGAGCUCACCGGCGUCGAGGACGACGAGCCCCGGGUCGGAGGCGUCGAGGUCACUCAGCGGUGCGUCGCCCGACGACGACAUCAACCAGAGGGCAGACAGGUUCAUCGAGAACUUCUACCUGCAGUUGCGGAUGGAGAGGCAGGUCUCCCUUCAGCUGAGAUACUGCAGGCAGAAGAGCUUGGAGGAGGAUACACAUUGA